AUGAAUAUUAAAAGUGGUGUUGUAAAUUACUUUACAUUUGAAAAUGUAAUUAUUAGUAGUUUAUCAAAAACAACAGGUAAAAUUGGAGAUGUAGUAACUAUUAAUGGUCAAAACUUUUUCAAUGGAAGCACAAAUAUCUAUUUUGGUUCAGAAAUUGCAGAAAUUACAAAAUUCACCUCUGAUAAGAUUAUGGAGGUUAUUGUACCACCAGGUUUUUAUACUGUAAAUGUUUUUGCAAUAAACACAGGUAUGAAUGCCUCAACUGCAUCGAUUAAAUUUACAUAUCCAUCAAUGAUUAUUGAUAAAUUAUAUUACGAUGAUAAACAUUUGAAUACAUCAAAUAUAAAUCAAUAUUGGAUAGUUGGUAGAGGUUUAGGUUCGAUUGUUGAAGAAAUUCCAGAAGCAACAGUGGAUGGCACUGACUCAUUUUGUGAAAUUCAACGUUGUACUUCAGAUGUAAUUGCAAAUAGUAAAAUCGAUUAUUCAAAUAUUUGUCCAUACUUGAAAUCCCAAUAUGCAUAUUAUUCAACCGAUUUCGAUCUUUACCUAUGUAGUUUCCCAAUAAAUGUUGGUGCUAAUAGAACAAUCCAAGUUACACUUGCAAACACUGCCAGAUAUACUUAUAAAUAUUCAUAUUCUCUACCAUGGCUUUCCAAAUUCUUAACUGCCAAUAGUUCAGAUACUCAUGGUGGUAAUUGUAGUAGAUUAAAUUGUGUAACUCCUCCACAAAAACCACAAUAUUUAAAUAUUACAGGUUUUAAUUUCAAUCCAUUCGAAUUUAUUUCACCAUUUUAUGAUUCAAAUAAAACAAUUGCAUCUUGGAGAAAUACUUCAAGAAUUUAUAUAGGUACAUUUGAAUGUGGAUCAGUUCAAUGGAUAAAUUCAACCAAUGUUAGUUGUAUUAUUCCACCUGGUAUCGGUGCCAAUCUAAAAGUUAAUAUUACUAUUGGUGAACAAAAAUCUGAAAAUCAACUUUUAUUCUCUUAUAAUAAACCAAAUAUUACAAAUAAAAUUACAGUAUCAACUGAUGGUGCCACUGAUAUUAAAUAUGUUGGUUUCAAUUUCGUUCCCGCUGAAUUAAAAGAUUUUUAUAAUAAAGAAGAAAACAAAAAUGUUUCAGUAAAUUCAAUAACAAUCAAUGGUAAAACUCAAUAUAAAGAUAUUAAAUGGAUUAAUUCAACAAGUUUCUCAUUUAAUCCAGUUGCAGGUAUUGGUAAAAACCAUUCAGUUGUACUUUUAGUUGGUGGACAAAAAUCAAAUGAAACAAGAUCAUUCUCUUAUAAUCCACCAUCAUUGGAUAAUAAACAAUAUGCAGCACCAUCUUCAGGUGGUAAAACUAUUACAAUCAAAGGUUAUGACUUUGUUCCAAAAUCAUUGAAAAACUCUGUUAAUUCGUCAAAUGGUACAGUUUCUAUUAAUGGCGUACUUUGUGUCAACUGGGAGUGGGUUGAUUCUAAAAAUGUAAAAUGUACUGUACCACCAGGUAAAGGAAAAGGUUUACCAAUUCGUGUUAAUGUUCAAAGUCAAUUAAAUAGUCUUAAUAAUUACUUUUCUUAUGUUGAUCCAGAAUCUCCAACAAAUAUUGUAAUUUUUAUUGUUAUUGGAUUAGCAGCUUUGGUUGCAGCAGCAUUAUUAGCAUCAACUGCUUUACCACUUACACAAAUAGCAUUGGCAACAUCUGCAACAGCAGCUAAAUCUGGUUCAAUAUUAGCAUCUACAGCAUCAUUUUCAGGAGCAUUAGAGAAAUCAUUACAAUUUGGAUUCGCAGCAGUAACAAGAAGAGUUGUAACUCAGGUUGCAAAGAAUGGUAUUAAACGUGUAUCAACUAUAGCUUUAGCAAUGGUGGUAACAAAAUCAUCAAUGGGUGGUAACCUAUUAUCAUCAUCAACAGCACCAGUACCAACAUCCAAUCUUUUAUCAAUUGCUUCAACACCUUACUCUGCAGUAUUUUUCUCAAUUAAUCAUAAUGAUCGUAUCUUUACAAUUGAUAAUCAAUUCAAUGAAACUGUAACAUGUAUUGAUAAUAAUAAUUUAAGUUUCAAUUUCAACAAAUCAUUCACUUGUCAAAUUAAUGCUAAUAAUAAUGGUAUUAAAUGUAAUACAACCAACUUUGGAACUGAAAUUAAUUGUGGUGUUCGUUCAAAAUCUGCAUCUUAUAAAUUCUCUAUUCCAACGGUUUCAAAAGUUUCAAGUUCAUUAAAAUGUGAAUAUGAUGCCAAUGAAAAAUCAAUGAUAAUCUAUGGUCAAAAUAGUCCAAUCUAUUGUAAAGAUGGAUUUAACGAAUAUACAUACAAUCAUAAUUCUACUAUUUUCUGUUCAAAUAGUGAAACCCAAUCAAACAUUGUUGAAUGUGUUAGUGAUGGCGGUGAACCUGAACAUUCAUUCAUUAAUAAUGUAGAAUGCUAUAAUUACAAUAAAUACUCAUCAUGCUCAAAGAAUUCAUUGGUAAAAGCUUCAGAUUAUUCUGCAUGCUUUGAAGUUCCACCAUCCGAAGUAGAGCCAAUUGUAAUUACCAAUCAAACUAUUAUCACAGAAUUCAACUCUGCAUCAAGUAAACUUGCCUGUUAUCCAAAAGAAGUAGAAUUUAACUAUGCAUAUAAUAAUACCCUCAUUUGUUAUAAUGUUAAAUCUGGAUCCAUCGAUUAUUCUGAUUCUAUCCUUCAUCAAAUACAAUACAAAGUUAAAGUUUGUAUUGAAAAAGAAUAA